AUGAAGCACACCCUCCUCUCCGCCGCCGUCCUCGCCGCCGCUGCUGGGGCUGCGGCUUCCCAGGUCGCUGGCACCCUGCAGUUCGACAUCGGCCGCGCCAAACGCUCGACUCCCUACGAGCCCACAGUCGAGCGUAUGCGCCGGAGGAACCAUCUCCGCACCAGAGCCGUCGACGGCACGGUCUCGAAGGCGCUCGAUAACGACUACUACCUCUACUACGCAAACGUCACCGUCGGUACCCCUGGUCAGAGCCUGCGACUCCAGAUCGAUACCGGCUCGUCUGACAUCUGGUUCCAGUCUGGCGAGAACGAGGUCUGCCAAAAGUCCUCGGAUCCGUGUGCCGACUCUGGCAUCUUCGAGCCUGACGACUCGUCGACCUACAGCGUCGUGUCUAGCGACUUUAGCAUCCAGUACGGCGACUACUCCUACGCCAAGGGUGUUUACGCAACAGAGACCUUCACAAUCGGCAGUGCCUCCGUCACAAAUCUCACUGUCGGCGUCGCGACUGACGCGAACGCUACCGAUGGAAUCAUGGGCAUCGGAUACGCUGGAAACGAGGCCAUCGUGGCCUCAAAAGGAUCAAGCUACGAAUACAACAACCUGCCUGAUCUGCUGGUCUCCCAGGGGUUUAUCGCCACUCGCGCCUAUUCUCUCUGGCUCAACGAUCAAGAAGCUUCCACCGGCUCGGUUUUGUUUGGCGGUAUCGACCGCUCAAAGUUCUCUGGUGAGCUCGUCUCGCUACCGAUAGACACUUACUAUGGCGAGUCCUCGCCUACCGAGUUCUACGUCACCCUCGACGGCUUUGGAUACACGAGCGAUAGCAAAGAGACUCAGGUCUCUGACUCGCUGGACACCGCGGUCCUACUCGACUCUGGAACCUCGUUCUGCUACGUUGACUCUGAGAUCGUGGCUGCGAUCGCAAAGCUCACGGGCGCAGUCUACAGCAGCGAUGUCGAUGGAUACGUGCAGACCUGCGACGUCAUGAACGUCGACGCGUCGAUUGACUUUUACUUUUCAAACCUCACAAUCAAAGUGCCCAUCGCCAACAUCUUCUACCCGCUCACCGACACCGCGGGCGAAGCAAUCACAUUCACCUCGGGCGAGGCGGCAUGCCAGCUCUCGAUGAUGGACAACAGCGACGUCGGAACUUCGAUCUUGGGCGACACCUUCCUGCGAGCUGCUUAUGUCGUCUACGAUCUCGACAACGCCGUCAUCGCGAUGGCGCAGACAAAGUAUAACGUGACUGACACCGACAUUGUUGCAAUCACCGGCACAAUCCCUGCCUCUGCGUCUGCGACCGGGUCGGGCGCGUCGGCCGUCGUCUCGGCUUCAGCUAGCGAGACGGGUGACAGCACAAAGACGUCGUCGGUGACGGCCUCUAUUAUCAUCAGUGGUUCUUCCAGCUCGGCGGCUAAUAGCUCCGCGACUUCGUCCUCGUCGUCAUCUGACUCCACGGCCUCCGCGGGUGCCGCUAAUACCUUCCUAUCAGCGUCCACUGGCAGCGUAGCCACGCGGGCUAUCCUUGGCUCGCUCGCAGUAGUGUUUGUGACGGUUGCAGGCGGAGUUUUAGUUUUGUAA